CAGGGCCUCGUCGAACGCCUCGUGCUUAACAUGCUGCGCGCCGCGCUGCCGGGAAGGAUCGAGGACGUGCCGACGCCGCGCACGGCGGUUCUGCUGCAGCGGCUCCAGCGCAGGCUCUUGCUGGCCGUCUGCUGCACGGUGCUCACCGUUCCCAUCUAUUUCUGGCUCCUGAUCAGGGGCGCGAAGACGUACAUAGGAUCGGAGCAUUGCGCCGGGCCCCAGAAAGUGUGGCGCUGUCGGGCGGAGCCUGGAAGCACCAGGGCGCGAGGGGCCCUGCAGGGAAGGCUCCAGGGCUUCAUUCUGCUGCAGCUGGCCUGGCCCGUCUGCAUGCCGUCCUUCAGCCUGCUGCUGCUGGGCUGGUGCCUCGGCGCGCUUGCGCUCCUGCAUUCGGCGCAGGUGGAACAUUGUCUUCGGGCCCAGACGUUCUUGUGGGAGGCGUCCAGCCUGCAGGUCGCGCAGGCUGUCCUCCUCUUCACCGCCUUCGCGUCGCUGCUCACCAUCCGGUCCCUCGUGCAGCGCCUGAGCGAACUGUGCGGCACCGACCCCGAGGUCGUCGAGGCCGUCGCCCGGCCGCCUGCGGAGGCCGUCCCUGCAGACGAGGAGUGCGUCAUUUGCCUCAGCUGCGAGGAGGAGGAGGCGUGCCCCUGGCGGCAGCUCACGUGCGGGCACCGCUUUCACCAGCCCUGCCUCCUCGAGUGGCUGCGGAAGGCCAGGCGGUGCCCCGUGUGCCGCCUCGACCUUCACCAGGCGUACAGGCAGACCUACUCUCUGUGAGCCCCGCCCUCGGGGACGGCGCGUAGGCAGGCCCGUCCAGCCGCUUCCUCUUCGGAGCCAGAGGGCGAUGCGCGAUGUGGCCAGCGAGGUGCCGGGCAGGAGGA